AUGAUCGACUUCGAGAUCCGUGCCUUAGGCGGCAUGACCACUGCAUUCGACACAAAGCCUGAGGAGCUGCGGAACCUAAAAAGCCCUGUCCCGAUUGGAGAUAGAAUUAUUGAACUGAAUGUCGAAAAUGCGCGCCUAAGGCGUGAAAUAGACUACUACAAGACCUUAACCAACGAGGUCCUCCACCCACUUUUAGCCCACGUCCGUUUUCAUACACAAGGACUGCUCUCAGCGAUCCAAAGACUUGAUGCGAAAAUCGAAGAGGCCAAUGCGCGAUUGACAUUCCCUCGCCCCACGGUACACCAGUCGACGAUUAAUGAACAGGCAGGAUACUGGAAAGCACUGUGUGAGCAAGCUACAGCCCAGCUCGAACUAUGUCAAUCGCAAAAUCGUGACCUUAAGGACUUGGUAAAGAGCGCCGCAGAAAGCUUUGAUGAGCAAGUGAUGCGCAACGAUAUCCUACAAAUGCAGCUAGACCAACAUAAAGAAACUAUGGCCGAAAUGGUCAGAGAAGCUUCGGACAAAGACUACGUUAUAGCAGCACAGGAAUUCCUCCUCGGCGCUGCGAAUGAUGAGGUGAACAACUUGGGCAGAUCCAUCACGGAAAAAAAUGGGCUGCUGGCUGCGUUCCAAGCACUGGACCAGCAGGAUCAAACAGACCAAGGCCAGCCCCAGACAAAGAAGAGAAAGAUAAUGCGAUAA